CCGGUGGCUGCAUCUAGGCCGCUGUAAAGUACCCAGUACUCACUGUAAAAUGUGAGACCAUGUCAAGCUGGGAGCCCCAUUUUUAAAACAGCCGAUCUCAGCUGGGACCGUCGAGGCCCGCCAAAGGGUUCGCUAAGAGAGCGUUUUACUGGAAGCGCUAACGCCUUAGGCUAGGCAGGUCUGAGAAUCAAAGGGCGAGGGGCUGGUGCUGGUGCCGUCGCUGUCGUAGACAAAAAGGCAUGUGGCAAUGGAAUCGCCUUGCUACUGAUGCACCACUGUUACGGCUUGCAGUUUCAUAAGACUGCGAACAGGGACGCAUUGGUGCAACCACAUCUUAGUAUGUACAGUAUUGCACUGACGUCAAUGCAGAGCCAGGGAAGAGCUAAAUUAUCUGGCUAUCACUGGAUCAUCACCGUGUGGCCUUGGUCGCCAAUCCCUCUGCGCCAGGUUUUUUUCUUCCAGGGCAUUUCCCCGAAAACCACUAAACCGGAUUGCUAGCGGUGCAGAUCCGGCGCUACAAGGGUUUCUCGGGGUGGUGUGUGGCUGGUGGGAAAAAGAAGCUGAUGGCAGUGGAAAUCAUAGCCAGCGCGACAAGGGUAGAAGCUACUGUGCUGUACGUACAGAUUGGUCUUCCAUGGGACGCUUGUUUGUCAAUUGGUCGGGCAGAGUCGAUGCUAUCAUGAUCUGUGUGAUGUCAUCUUCUUGUAGUGCUCUCGAUGCUACGUUAUGCCCAUCAUUGUCCAUCACAAGCUGCCUGUAUUUGCUCGCAAAGGUUUCUGCUUCCUUCUGAAUCCCUAAUCUAAAUGCUGGGCAAGCUAAUCAAGCUGCACCCCCCAAAAGUCUCUUUUCUAUGGAAGAAAGAGAGAAAAAAGACCACACCAUCCAUACCACUAGCCCCAAAAAGAAGCUCCAGUUGCACGGCUCGGCACCACCUACAGUGGGGUUCCAGCCGGCUUCAGUGGGGCGCAGCGGGCCUCAAGCUCCCCGCCGGGUGCUGUAAGCGUGCUGCAACGACGUGCGUGGCUUUACACUUUCCGCUCGAUUGGGACAGGCUGUGUGUGUAUCUGUACAGAGUACACCAGACGUAUUGCUUUCGUGCAGCGCACUACUGUAGAGACCCUUGGCUUUUUUGCAGUGAACUGUGCUUGUCUUGUGGCUUGCAUUUGCAUCGCCCGCGCGUUCUGUAUUACGCCUCUUUUGCCAACUGAUCCACCACGGCCACGGAGCUCCCUCGCUUCUGCCGCCCGCCAGCUGCCCAACACCUACUCGCUGCCAGCUGCGCCUGUGCUCUUGUCCGAAAACACCAACACACUAGCAGCCAGCCUUUCCCUUUUCCCUUCCCUCUUCCCUUUCUUCAUCCCGCACCAACCUCCAUUCCCUCACUUACCCUUCCUCUUUUUUGUUUUUUAUUUCCCUUAGCUUCCCCUACAGCUCCCUAAAGCUCUGCCAUCUUCCUAACCUGCUCCCGACAGCUGCCUUUCGCGCUGGCCAGCUAAAGGCGAUCAAAAAGUCUCGGAGCUCCAUCGUCACCCCCGCCCCGCUAAUCUUAAGCCAGCAUACCAGAAGCAGCUUUUCCAGGCCAGUCCAGAGAAAGACGCUGCAAGGGUGUGUUUUUUCCUUCUUCCGUCUUCAAAAAUCUCCAUCGCCCUUAAGCGAGGAGAGCUCAAUUCGACGUCCUUUCGUCCAUUGAAGAGGACAACACACUACCCCAAUUGCCCAGCUGCGGCGUCGUACGCCAAUUGACUCAACUGCUACAGUGCGACGACACCGACCACCAAGCGACGCAAGCCCCUCGCCCAUCAUGGCCGAUCAGCGCGAGAUCAAGACCCAGGCCGUCAUGCAGGCUGCUGCCGACCCAGAGAGCACCAUCACUGCCAACGAUGCCCAAAAGACAAUCGUGGAGGAGUCCAAGAAUGCAGGCAUUGCUGCCUUCACCUUUGACCCCGAUGCCACGCCCGAGCAGAAGCGCGCACAGGCGCAAGCUGCUAUUCCUGCCGAGCUUCGACAGAGCCGCCCAGAGAGGGGUGCUGCCAUGGUCACUGACGUGGACGAUGGCAAAGGCCCGGACGAGAUUCUGCCUGAAGCGUCCAAGGAAGGCGCUCUGGAUGUUGCCAGAGACAAGACUGGCAAAAUCGCCGUUGGUGCCGAUCCCAAUGCUGAGCCCGCCUUUGCUCGCACAGGCUGGGCUCCUCGCCUCGGAUGGCCUGCCGAGAAGCCUGGCGAGGCCAGCAGCAUGCUAGAUCACGCCACUUGGCUCGAAAGCCGACUGUCGGACAGGUUCUAUGGUGAUUGGUACCACAAUACCGGAAUCAUCAUUUUUGCCUGUGUUUCUUCGUGGCUCGUUGCUGUGUUCAAUGGCGGCCUCGGCUAUGUCAUUAUCAUCAUGGCUAUUUGCGGCACCUACUACCGAACCUCUCUGCGCCGCGUUCGUCGCAACUUCCGUGACGACGUCACUCGCGAGCUUGCUCUCAAGAGACUCGAGACUGACAACGAAUCCCUCGAGUGGAUCAACUCCUUCAUGGUCAAGUUCUGGCCCAUUUACCAGCCUGUUUUGGCCCAGACCAUCAUCAACUCCGUCGACCAGGUUCUCAGCGCCUCUACACCUCCUUUCCUCGACAGCCUAAAGCUCAAGACCUUCACUCUCGGUUCCAAGCCUCCCCGUAUGGAGCACGUCAAGACCUAUCCCAAGACCGAGGAUGACGUUGUCAUGAUGGACUGGAAAUUCAGCUUCACCCCCAACGAUACCGCCGAUUUGACCGCCAGACAGCUCAAGAACAAGAUCAACCCCAAGGUUGUCCUUGAGAUCCGUAUCGGAAAGGCCAUGAUCAGCAAGGGUCUCGACGUCAUUGUCGAGAACAUGACCUUCUCUGGUACCAUGAGACUCAAGAUCAAGCUCCAGAUCCCCUUUCCCCACGUUGAUCGCGUCGAAAUGUGCUUCCUGGGCCGCCCCGAGAUUGGCUACGACUGUAAACCCCUCGGUGGCGAGACCUUUGGCUUCGAUAUCAACUUCAUCCCGGGUCUCGAAAAGUUCAUCCUCGAGCAAAUUCAUGGUACCCUUGGUCCUAUGAUGUACGAACCCAAAGUAUUCCCCAUUGAGGUUGCCAAGAUGUUGGCUGGUACUCCCGUCGACCAGGCUGUUGGUGUUCUUGCUGUUACUCUGCACGGUGCUCAGGGUCUCAAGAACACGGAUAACUUUGGAAACACAGUCGAUCCCUACGCUGUCAUUACCUUCAACCGCCGCCAAGAGCUUGCCCGAACCAAGACCAUCGAAGACAACCCCAACCCUCGCUGGAACGAGACUCACUACCUCAUUGUUACAUCUUUCAACGACUCGCUCGACAUCCAGGUCUUCGACAAGAACAACAUGCGCAAGUCCCGAGAGCUCGGUGUUGCCCUUUUCCAGCUCGAAAAUCUCGAGCAGCUGCACGUCUACGAAAACGAACGACUCGAUAUUGUUGCUGACGGUAAAGCUCGUGGUGUUGUCAACUGCGAUCUCCGUUUCUUCCCUGUUCUCGAAGCCCAGAAGAUGGCCGACGGCAAGAUGGAGCCUGCUCCCGAAUCCAACCAGGGUAUUCUGCGCUUCACCGUUGAGCAGGCCAAGGAUCUUGACGGCAAGGGUCUCCUCGGUCAGCUUAACCCAUACGCCCAGCUCUUCCUCAACGGCAAGUCUGUCCACCAGACCAAGAAGCUUAAGCGCACCAACAACCCCAUUUGGGAUAACGGCUCCAAGGAGAUUCUCAUCACCGACCGCAAGAAGGCUAAGCUUGGUGUUACUAUCAAGGACGACCGCGAUUUGGCUGGCGACACAACCCUUGGUCAAUACCAGAUCCGCCUGGAUGAUAUUCUCGACUGCAUGGACCAGGGCAAAGAAUGGUACAGACUUGCCGGCACCAAGGAGGGUCGUGUCAAGAUGAUGGCUCAAUGGCGUCCUGUUGCUAUUUCUGGUGUUGCGGGCACUGGUGGAUACACCACUCCCAUUGGUGUGUUGCGCCUGCAUUUCAAGAAGGCUACUGAUCUACGCAAUUUUGAGGCCUUUGGCAAAUCCGACCCGUAUGUCCGGGUUCUGCUAUCUGGUAUUGACAAGGGACGAACUGUCACCUUCCGCAACGAUCUUAACCCUGAGUGGGACGAGGUCAUUUAUGUGCCUGUUACUUCAAAUCGCGAUCGCCUUACUCUUGAGGUUAUGGAUACCGAAAAGGUUGGCAAGGACCGCAGUCUUGGUCUCGUCGAACUUUCUGCUGCUGAUUUGAUUCAGCAGGGCGAGGAUGGUCGCUACAUGGUUCACGACAAGAAGACUGUUCGCGAGGAGGGCCUACGUCUGAACGGUAAGGGCAUUGCAAAGGGCACGUUGGUAUACACCGCUGCAUUCUACCCAACUCUCAAUGUUGCCGACCCCGAAGAGGAUGAGGAAGAGGAAGCUGCCAAGCACGGCGAGAAGCCAAAGGAGACCAAGCCUGUGGCUGCCGUCGCCGGUGAUGCCGCCAAGGCCACCGAAGCGACUGCUAAGACGGCUGUUGAAAAGGCAAAGGACGCUGUUCCUGCCACCCCAGUGGAUGCCACAAAGGCAAAGGCCAAUGUUCCGGCUAACAUCGACACUACCAUUGACAAGGGCCGAGCCAGCUUAGAAAAGGUUGCCUCCCCUCUUUCGCCCACAUCUACCGCUGGCCGACCCUCUAUUGAUAGUGUUGGGCCCCCUAAGCUGCGCCUUACACCUGAGGAGCUUGUGAAGCACGAGAGUGGUCUCCUCAUCUUCCGCCUUCUCGAGGCCGAGAUGCCUGACAGCCACAAUCACCUUGAGAUCUUUGUUGACGAUAUGGCCUAUCCCUCAUAUGUCUCAGGCACUGCUACUAACAGACACCACAAAUUCGACGAAAUCGGUGACUGCUUCAUUCGCGAGCUCGACUUUUCUCGAUUGACUGUCAAGGCCAGAAAGAAGGGCGACGACAAGGACCACACUUUGGCUUCAUUGUCUGGCAACACCAUUGAUACCCUCAAGCAAUGCUUGAACAACCCCACCACUUUGAAGCUCAAGUCGGACGAUGGCAAGGGCGGCUGGGUCAAGGUCAGCCUCCGAUAUAUUCCUGUUGAGAUGAAGCUUGACGCCAGUGAGAGCAUCAACAACAUGGGUCAGCUUCGCGUUGACAUCUUCGAUGGUGUAGAUUUGCCUUCUGCUGACCGCAAUGGCAAGAGUGACCCGUACUGCAAGUUUGAGCUCAACGGUCAAGAAGCCUUCAAAACCAAGGUCAUCAAGAAGACGCUGUCCCCAACUUGGAACGAAUCGUUUGAGGUCCCAGUCACCUCGAGAACGGCAGCCAAAUUCAAGGUCAAUGUCUAUGACUACGACUUUGCUGACAAGCCCGACUUCCUCGGUGCCGCGGAUAUUCGCCUGGACCAGCUUGAGCCGUUCAAGGCCUACGAGCAGUCGUACAAGCUGGACGGCAAGUCUGGCAGCGUCCGCAUGCGUAUGCUUUUCCGACCCGACUACGUCACCCGCCAGCGCCAGGGCACAUCCACGUUCCAAGGAACCUUUGCGGCUCCCACCAAGAUCGUUACUGGUGUUGCUGGUGUACCCCUCAAGGGCGGAGUGGCUGUGGCUGGAGCUGUUGGCCAUGGUGUCGGCAAGGGAGCUUCCUUCUUGCGCCGCGGCAUUCUUGGUAAGAAGGAUCGCGACGAGAUGAACUCCUCCACUUCGGAUCUUACUGAGACGGCCAAUGACGCUCCUGGUAUGCUCAAGAGAUCUACCGGCCUCAGCGAAGCCAACGGCAACGGCGCCGCCAAGGAUGUCCCCAUCCCAUCCAUUGAGACGCCUUCAGUAGAGUCAUCGCCCAUGCACAACAGAACGAAAAGCAUCGCUGGAUCCUCCAUCCAUAGCGCCCUGGCCACUGGCGUUUCAUCCGGCACCGCUUCCUUCACCGUUGUAAAUGCCAGUGGAUUCCCUGCGGACUCCAACUUGUACGUUGCUGUGACUCAGGUAUCGCCCAAGGAAAAGACAGUUGGCAAGACCAAGCACUUCAAGGCGUCCAACGGAGAAUGGAACUUUGACGAAACUUUCAAGAUUUCGUGCUCCCCGGAUGCGCAGUUCAAGGUUGAGGUCAAGGGCAACCACACAUUUGGUAGCGAUGACGACUUGGGCGAACACGCCUACUUUGUCGAUGAGACCGGCGCUGGCGGCCCCCGAGAGCUGACAAUUGGCAGCGGCAAGGUUACCAUGAAGAGCAGCUUCCAGCCUGCGGAGCAGCAGCUAGGCGUUAACGACAGCCCACGCUCGACGCUUCGCCGCAGCUUGUUGAGCAAGCGUGAGCCAAGAGCGAGCGUGAGCCGAGAGUCGACACCCAACCCUUAGGCGGGUAGUGUUGUGAGAAGGAGGAGUGUUUUCCUUGGAAGGUCUAGGCGGCCGUCGAGGUAAUGAAUUUUGAAUAGGGCGAUACCGGUUUUUAAACCAGAGAAUAGUUUGUAUUGAGAGUAAAUGUUUACUUUGUUUAUUGUUUUUCUUUUCU